CCCUCCGACCCUGCCCAACGCUUCGCUCAGCCCCCCGGACUGCUUUGGACGCCGAACGCGACAUCGCCGCCGCCCGGACCCCCGUUCCCGUCCGGCCAUGGAAGCGGAGCCGACGGAGACGAGGCCCAAGCCGUCGCCGGCCCCGGCCCCCGCCGGCUACGCCCGGGCCGGCCGCCGCUUCAAGUGCCUCUCCUGCUCCAAGACGUUCCCCAACGCCCCCCGGGCCGCCCGCCACGCGGCCACCCACGGCGCCGGGCAGGGCGGGGAGCCCGGGCCGGCCGCGGGGGAGGGGGCCGGGGCCGGCGGCGGGGGGCCGGAGCCGGCGGCCCCGAAGCCGCGCCCCUUCCCCUGCCCGCUGUGCCCCAAAGCCUACAAGACGGCCCCCGAGCUGCGCAGCCACGGGCGGAGCCACACGGGCGAGAAGCCCUUCCCCUGCCCCGAGUGCGGGCGGCGGUUCAUGCAGCCGGUCUGCUUGCGCGUGCACCUGGCCUCCCACACGGGCGAGCUGCCCUUCCGCUGCCCGCACUGCCCCAAGGGCUACGGGACCCUGUCCAAGCUGAAGAUCCACCAGCGCUGCCACACGGGCGAGCGCCCCUACGCCUGCUCCGACUGCGGCAAGAGCUUCGCCGACCCGUCCGUCUUCCGCAAGCACCAGCGCACCCACGCCGGGCUGCGGCCCUACGGGUGCCAGCGCUGCGGGAAGGCCUACGCCGAGCUCAAGGACCUGCGCAACCACGAGAGAUCGCACACCGGGGAGCGGCCCUUCCUCUGCUCCGACUGCGGCAAGAGCUUCUCGCGCUCGUCGUCGCUGACCUGCCAUCAGCGCAUCCACGCGGCCCAGAAGCCCUACCGCUGCCCGGCCUGCGGCAAGGGCUUCACCCAGCUCAGCUCCUACCAGAGCCACGAGCGCACCCACUCCGGGGAGAAGCCCUUCCUGUGCCCCCGCUGCGGGCGCAUGUUCUCGGACCCGUCCAGCUUCCGGCGGCACCAGCGGGCCCACGAGGGGGUCAAGCCCUACCGCUGCGACAAGUGCGGCAAGGACUUCCGCCAGCCGGCCGACCUGGCCACGCACCGGCGCGUCCACACGGGCGACCGGCCCUUCAGGUGCCUGCAGUGCGACAAGACCUUCGUGGCCUCGUGGGACCUGAAGCGCCACGGGCUGGUGCACUCGGGCCAGCGGCCCUUCCGCUGCGAGGAGUGCGGCCGGGCCUUCGCCGAGCGGGCCAGCCUCACCAAGCACGGCCGCGUCCACUCCGGGGAGCGGCCCUUCCGCUGCGGGGCCUGCGGGAAGGCCUUCGUCGUGUCCUCCAGCCUGCGCAAGCACGAGCGGACGCACCGCGGCGGGGACGGCCCCCCGGCCGGCCCGGCCCCCCCGCCGGCCGGGGCCGCGGAGGGAGCCGGGCGGCCGGCCCCCCCCGGGCGGCCUCCCGGACGGCCCGCGCCGGGCGGCGGGGUGGUGGCCACGCAAUGGCAGGUGGUGGGCAUAACCCUGGAGCAGGUGGGGCUGGCCCGGGGCGCCGACGAGGAGGGGGCCGGGCCGGGCGCGGAGCCCGAGGCGCCCGCCAAGCCCCCCGGCACGUGCCGGGAGUGCGGGCGGGCCUUCCCCACGGCGGCGGCCCUGCGGCGCCACGAGCGCUCCCACCCGGCCCUGCGCCCCUUCCCCUGCCCGCAGUGCGGCAAGGCCUUCUCCGACCGCGCCGGGCUGCGCAAGCACGGCCGGACCCACGGCUCCGCGCGGCCCCACGGCUGCCCGCGCUGCCCCAAGGCCUUCCUCAACGCCAGCGACCUGCGCAAGCACCAGAGGACCCACCCCCCGGCUCCCCUCCAGGCCCCGGACGCCCUGCCGGGGCCGCCCGGGGAGGGGACGGCGUGAGGGCGGCCCGCUCCG